AUGCCCCAUCGCAUGCUCUCACAUCAUGCCCCAUCGUUUGCUCUCACAUCAUGCGCCGUCGCAUGCUCUCACGUCAUGCCCCGUCGCAUCAUGCCCCAUCGCAUGCACUCACAUGAUGCCCUGUCGCAUGCACUCACAUCAUGCCCCAUCGCUUUCUCUCACAUUAUGCCCCGUCUCAUGCUCUCACAUAAUGCCCCUUCGCAUGCUCUCACAUCAUGCCCCAUCGCAUGCUCUCACAUCAUGCCCCAUCGCAUGCUCUCACAUCAUGCCCCAUCGCAUGCUCUCACAUCAUGCCCCAUCGCAUGCUCUCACAUCAUGCCCCAUCGCAUGCUCUCCCAUCAUGCCCCAUCGCAUGCUCUCACAUCAUGCCCCAUCGCAUGCUCUCACAUCAUGCCCCAUCGCAUGCUCUCACAUCAUGCCCCAUCGCAUGCUCUCACAUCAUGCCCCAUCGCAUGCUCUCACAUCAUGCCCCAUCGCAUGCUCUCACAUCAUGCCCCAUCGCAUGCUCUCGCAUCAUGCCCCAUCGCAUGCUCUCUCAUCAUGCCCCAUCACAUGGUCUCACAUCAUGCCCCAUCGCAUGCUGUCACAUCAUGCCUAAUCGCAUGCUCUCCCAUCAUGCCCCAUCGCAUGCUCUCUCAUCAUGCCCCAUCGCAUGCUCUCACAUCAUGCCCCAGCGCAUGCUCUCACAUCAUGCCCCAUCACAUGCUCUCUCAUCAUGCCCCGUCGCAUGCUCUCACAUCAUGCCCCGUCGCAUGCUCUCACAUCAUGCCCCAUUGCAUGCUCUCGCAUCAUGCCCCAUCGCAUGCUCUCGCAUCAUGCCCCAUCGCAUGCUCUCUCAUCAUGCCCCAUCACAUGGUCUCACAUCAUGCCCCAUCGCAUGCUGUCACAUCAUGCCCCAUCGCAUGCUCUCCCAUCAUGCCCCAUCGCAUGCUCUCACAUCAUACCCCAUCGCAUGCUCUCACAUCAUGCCCCAUCGCAUGCUCUCACAUCAUGCCCCAUCGCAUGCUCUCACAUCAUGCCCCAUCGCAUGCUCUCACAUCAUGCCCCAUCGCAUGCUCUCACAUCAUGCCCCAUCGCAUGCUCUCCCAUCAUGCCCCAUCGCAUGCUCUCACAUCAUGCCCCAUCGCAUGCUCUCACAUCAUGCCCCAUCGCAUGCUCUCACAUCAUGCCCCAUCGCAUGCUCUCACAUCAUGCCCCAUCGCAUGCUCUCACAUCAUGCCCCAUCGCAUGCUCUCACAUCAUGCCCCAUCGCAUGCUCUCACAUCAUGCCCCAUCGCAUGCUCUCACUGUCAGAACUUAGGCUUAGAACUGAUACAUUAG